AUGGACCAGAAUAGCGGGGUCACUGAAACCAAGAAGAUGGAGCCUGCUGUCGAACGACCCGCUGUCGGCACAAUGCCUGCGCCCGAUGCCGCUGCCAAAGACAAGAAACACUGCAAGAAGCACAGGGGACCGUCCGCGAAAUCCAAAGUGAAGGCCAGCAAGAAGAAACAAGUCAUUGAGACUGAAGAUUCCGCUAGCGACAGCGAUGACACCUCCGAUGUCACCGGCGAUAGUGACGACUCCAGCCAGUCCGACAGUGACAGCUCCAUCGACCUGUCAUCCAAGAAGAAGCUGAAAGCCAAGAAUAGGAAACUAAAGGCAGAGGCCAAGGCAUUAGCCAAGCAGCUCAAAAAGAACAACAAGAAAUCCAAGAAGAAAGUCGUGUCUGAGGAUGACCAGUCCUACAGCGAUGAUGACGUCGAGGAGGAAGCAAUCAGGCCGAAAUCAAGAGUCAGGAUAAAUGGCACCAAGAGAGCCUCCCGCUCAAAGCGGCACGACGACCUGGAAGAAUCAGACGGAGUCAUUGAGAUCCAGGAAGAUCCCGGUUCUCAGCGACUUCGCAAUUUCAGGCACAGCUUACGGGGUCUUGAUUUCCACACCAACCCACUGCCGCCCGCGGGCUCUUCUGUUCCUCGAACUCAAAUCAUCGAUCCACUUCCUCCCAUUGAUGGAUAUGUCAGACCUCGAAGAAGCCGUCGCCGCGAGGUGAUGUACGAUCCACGCGAUGUGGUCCACGACCUCGAGGAGAGCAAGCCAAAGAAGAAGGACAAGAAGCCCAAACGUGCGUCAAAGGUAGCGUAUAAGCGAGUCGACCAACUCUGGGAUCAAUCAAUCCACAACUUCAAGCUCACCGAGACCGUCAAGGAGACAGGAGAUGCCGUCUGGGACCAAUACAUCUUCACCGUUCGUCGCAGAUUCGAUUGGGAACACAAGUACCUGGCAACCAUUGUGGACAUCAAAUCAGAGCCUCUCAAGGAAUGCCUUCAGCAUGUCAUGUCGGCGGUCAAGGGUAUCAGCCUGGUAGAGGAUACGCCUCACCUCGAUCCCAACAUGCUUUUCCUCUACCUAGAAGAGAUGAGACAAUAUGUUCACACCCUCGAGGAGGAAGCUGAGGGAAAGACGCGCAAAGAAGCCAAGCUGCUCACCGAAAAAGCCAAACAUCUCCGGAUCAUGGUCAAAUACCUUGACAAGGACUUUGCGGAGACCAAGAAGAACUUGUACCCUCUUCUAGAAAACGGCAUGAUCAGUUUUGACCUGCUCUGGGCCCUGUACAAGCCAAACAGCAUUGCGUAUUCUGCCACCUACGGUGACCAGGAACAACCUCGCGCUUUCAAGAUUGAUUUUGCCACCAAGGAGUCUCACUUCAUGAGAGGCCAAUGGUACACCGUGGAAGGUCGAUAUCUGGAGUACGAUGGCAAGACUUUCGGCAUGGGAACCACGCACUCGGAGAUUUCGUCGUUCCAGGGUGUCCGCAAGAUCACAUCAUUGGAUUGCUAUCCUCUGCAGUACCACAAGGAAUCCGAGAAGCUGAAGGCACAGUUAAUCGAGCGAGGAAAGCACUUUGUCUCCCUCCAGGGCAUGAAUUACCGCCACCACAAAGGUAUGGCCUAUGCCAAGCGCAAGAAGCAAGUCUUGAAGAUCAAUAUCGAUGGACGAGUCAUGGUGGACCCUGCUAUCCAUCGGCGCAUCAAUCCGAACUAUCCUGUCAGUGUCGUCAAGCCAAAGGAGGACCCUGAUGCUAUAAAUUUUGAUGACCCCGACGACGAUUGUGGGUGUGGCAACGCCAGUGACACCGACGCUGUUGGUAACAGUCAACCCACGCCAUCAGACGAAACCAUCCAGGUGCAGGAGAAGAAGAGGUACAGGGUCGUCAAAAUGCCAACUGGAAUGAAUAUCAUCGUUGAAGUCAAUUCGAAAGAAGACGUACAUUCCAGCCACAAGACAGAACCGCUUCCCGAAGACAAGCAGUCAACCCACGAAUUCACGGAGGAAGAGCUACUCAUUGCUAGUCCCGUUGUACUGGGGUUUGCGUUCAGCGAGAAACUCUGGCUUGAAUUCACUGUUUCUGGGAUCUCCGACGUCGUCUUCAACGACCACGCAUUCGAGAGCCUUGUCCUUCCAGAGAAUCACAAGUCGAUAGUAAAGGCUCUUGUGUCCAGCCAUGCUUUCCAAGCCCACCGCAGCAUUGACGAUAUCAUCUCAGGAAAAGGUCGUGGCUUGGUAGCUGUCCUUCAUGGGCCUCCCGGUACUGGUAAGACGCUGACAGCAGAGGGUAUUGCAGACCUCCUCAAGUGUCCACUCUACAUGGUCAGCGCAGGCGAUCUAGGUACGGAGCCGACCAAACUGGAAAAGGAGCUGCAGAACAUCCUCGACAUUGCCCACAGCUGGGGUGCAAUUUUGCUGCUGGACGAAGCGGAUGUCUUCCUCGAGCAGCGAUCCAUUCACGACAUCCAUAGGAACGCGCUGGUCAGCAUCUUUCUCCGUCUUUUGGAAUACUUCCAAGGCAUCCUCUUCUUGACCACCAAUCGGGUGGAGACGUUCGACGCGGCCUUUGUGUCACGUAUCCACCUGUCACUGCGCUUCCAGAACCUUACCACCAAAGCCAAGCGCACGGUUUGGAAAUUGUUCAUCGAACGUGUCAGGAACCAAGAAGGCAUGGAGGUCUCCGCUAUUACCGACCAAGACCUCAACGACCUGGCUCGGCGUGAAGUCAAUGGCCGGCAGAUCAAGAACCUUGUGCGCGCAGCACAAGCCUUGGCGGUGCAUGAAGAUGUGCCGUUGAGCAUGGCGCACAUAAAACGGGUGAUCGAUGUAGCUGAAAGCUUCGAGAUGGAUCUCAAGGGCGGUACGGGAUACUCGGACGCGAUGAGGAGUAAGUUCAACCUCUAA